AUGUCUACUUUUACUGGUCGCCCUGUCGUCAGUCCCUUGUCUCCUUCUUUCCACCACCGUGUCGGCAUUGACUCUCCACCUAGUCCUCUUUCUCUUUCAAUCAACACUAGACGUCUCUCCAUCAGCGACGGCUUCACACUCCCUAGCCCGGUUUCUCCUUUCCUCAUGCCUGCUAGGGACUUGCCUUUGAGUCCUAUCACUCCCUACAACCCCACCUCACCUCCUUGGAGCCCUUCUAGUGAGUACAGCACAGACUCUGCCACUUCUGACUUGUCGAUUGCUGAACUCACUGCUGGUGACUUCCCUUCGCCUAGCAGUCCUUAUGUCUCUGAAUUUGUUUGGGACAUCUGUGUCAUCCCUUCCGUUGCUUGCAAGACGAGUGUCUUUGCUGCUCAGUGGAGAAGCAACGGCACUUGUCCUUUUACUCUGCCUGCUAAGAAUGGCCCUUGCGAGCGCUCAAUCAGUCCUUCUACUCUGUCUAAUGGUAGAAAAGCUGUUUCUUCUGCCGCUGCUGAGACUGUUGCUCCACCUCUUCCUCCUCGACCUACUGCUGUUAGGGGACCUGCACCUAAGAGACCUCUGAGAUCGCCAUUGUUGGCUGAGAAGAUGAGUUGGGCUGGCCCUCGCUUGUCUUUUGAUGCUGGAGCUGGUGCUUCCAUCUCCUCUGCCAGCGACAGUGUCUCUGCGCAUACACUUGCUGCUGAUCAAAGACCACUGCCAUCUAACGCACCUUGGUGGUCUACCAUUCCCGCUCACACUUAUUCGCAUUCUUCUCUCUCCACCACUUCUACAUCUGUCAACUCCUCAAUCCGCAAAACCCCAUCGGUUUUCUACCGUAAGAGCCAGCCCACCACUACCCCCUCUCCUGCCACCCAAACGAUCAACCAAGCAGAAGCCAGAUUUCUUUACUGGGAUUCCCCCUCCACCUCUGCAGCAGCUGAAUACGCAACUGUUUUCGGCAUCCCUGUUGACCAGGAUGACUUCGCAUGGAUCCGCUAUCCCGUCCCCGGCCCCCAUGCUCUGCACUGCUAUGACGACGAAGAUGUAUGGCAAAGCGUUUACGACGAAGACGAUACACUCGACCAAAGUGCCGGAUAUGGCAAUUGGCAUGAUGUAAACCCCACCGCCAUCGAUGCUUCCGAUCCCUUUGCCGAUUUCGACGGGGCUUUUGGUGGUGGCGCUUUUGCUUCUGCUCAAUCUUCACUUUUCCAAUCGGAUCCGGCUUGUUCUGUCACUUCUACGAUCUCUGAAGAUGUGAGUAUUCGCUCUUCCUCCUAUUCCGGCGUCACGACGAGUAUUCGCUACGCAACUACUUUGGAAGCUAUGAGGGCUUCUUAUAUCUCUGGAUAUUUGAGCAGAUCUGCUGUUAGUGCGGUCAAAGAGGUUUGUACUCCUGCUUAUAAUAUGGGUUCCAUUGAUGCAAUUGUUGGAGGCAUGUUUUAG